AUGCCCGCUUACUCGCCACAGUACGACCUCCCACCGCCCGCAAAGAUGAGCUCCCGAUCAAACCCGCGCAAUGCCGUCCAUUUCUCGCGCACAGAUUGGUCGCGCUUCAUAGCGCAACCGUUCCAUUGCCUUGGCAAGAUCGUCUCGCAGUACAAAGACUCCAAAGUCAACCUGAGCAAGGCGUUGAACGCACUCGCCCAGUUCGUGCUCGACGUGCAAAUGGACGUGUACUACGACUCCUACCGUGAACUGCAUUCGUACACGCGUGCACCUGGGCGUCCCUAUAUGGCGCAUCUUAACUUCUACGGGCACCAUGAUCUUCCCAUUUCCAUGCAUGAUUUCAUCGUCGGCACCGACUUGAAUGAUAUCUAUCUGUUUAUCGUAGCAAGUUCGGACGUUUACGAUCCUGAGAACUGGUUUGAGAAUCUGACUGAAGAUCAAAUUAGGCAGUGGCGGUCAGAGGCGAAGGACUGGAUUCUGAGCUGCGGGCUGCAUCCAGACAUGGAUUGCGAGGUGCAGAAUGCCUUGAAGCCAUUGGCGGGGGUGCAGCCUGUUUAUGCAGAGGAUAAGUCCAAUACCAAUUCUAACUACUGCGAGCAACGUGAGCUACGAUCAGCUGGCGGGGCCGGCGCGUGGCCUGAUCUGACCCGUAUGUUGAAGGAGUUCGUACCGAGUGAGGAAGAUCAGCGCGCUGACUUCGACGAGCAAGGUAUCAACCGCACUGUAAUGUGGUUCCUGCGCAUUGCAUUCAAUGCUGCCGAGUCUUACACGCAAGGAGUGGAGGAUAAGCCAGCGCCGCAAACGAAAGCCGUUAAAAAAGGUCUACGGGUCACCAUCAAGAAGUACUCACAAAUGGUUGAGAACCCCAAUUCCUCUGUGCCUCUGCAUAUCCGGUGGGCUCUGUCUAAGCUGCAGUUCCAGGGCAAUUGGCAAUGGAUGAUUCGCUUCGUUCUCCCAACCAUCCUGCGGUUUCAGCAACGUGAACAUAUCGAGUUCUUCGUGUACCAGUGGGUCAUGCGCGCUGCUCUGCAUCCCGAUAUUGACCCGACUGGGAAGGUCAGGGACAUCCUCGGCAAGACCUUUAACCUAGAAGGUGUCGUCACUCCAGUGACCGGUAUCCCAAAUCGCGCUGCCUUCGCAAGCGGCCGUCUCUUAGGGAAUUCUUUCGUGCUCUUUCACCCGCAUUUCCUCUACUGUGACCACUCGAAACUCUACAUCGAAGAUGAGCAGCAUCCGGAUGACAAAUACACAGGGCCUGAGGACAGCUUUUCUGAUUUCGAGACCCAGAUCCUGGAUGUUCCAACAUUGGGACGGCCGGAGUGGGUAGUCGAGCAUCAUCAUCAGAAGGCUGAUGCUCGCUCCCACACGCAUCCUAGCUCUGAGCCAGAUGACGUGUGUUACAUCUGCCGGCUUGGAUACGAUGAACACCCGUGCUUCAAACUGGACGUCUGCAAGCACGGCUACCACCUCGAGUGUCUGCAGGAUUGGAUGGACUUCUUCAACCAUGGAGAGAUCCUGUGUCCUUACUGUUGUCGUGUAAUCUGCAUGCAGGUGGGGCAGCAGAGUCGUUCCAUGACCAUAGAGGAACAUAGGCAGUGGAAACCGUAUUGGGCGAAUCCUGCCUGGUGGGAACAGUUCCUGCUAGACGAGGAUGCUGAUGAAGGGGAGUGGGGACCCGUUUGGUCUUAUUGGAUGUCCUUUGACGACUUUUGGGCGUCCGACUCCGACGAUUCAAUAUAUGAGAACGACGACGAGGACGACGAUACUGAGUCCGACGAGGAGGAUGAGGAUACUGAGUCUGACGAGGAGGACGACGAUACUGAGUCCGACGAGGAGGACGACGAUGCUGAGUCCGACGAGGAAGGCUACGAUGCUGAGUCCGAAGAGGAAGGCUACGAUGCUGAGUUUGACUAG